UCCCUUAUAAAAACACAAGACUCUCUCUUGCUCUUGCUCAAAUAUCAAUAAAAAUCAGAGAAGAAGAACAAGAAGAAGAUCUUCAAGAAUUCAUUAAGGUUUCAAAUAAAUUUGCAUAUCAAAAACAGAAACUUUCAUGGCUUUUGGAAUAUCAGAUGAAUUGCUAGGCACCUUUGUGCCAAUUGCUGUCUACUGGUUAUACUCAGGAUUAUACAUCUUAUUGGAUGGUUUCGACAAGUAUCGCUUGCAUACAAGAGCCGAAGAAGCCGAAAAAAACGUCGUCUCAAGAUCAUCUGUUGUCAAGGGUGUUCUCUUGCAACAAGCGGUCCAAGUCAUUGUCUCACUUCUCCUUUUCAUGGUGGUUAAGGAUGAUACUGCUGUCGCACCGAAACAACCUUCGAUCCUUGUGAUUGCUACUCAAUUCGCUGUGGCAAUGUUUGUUAUGGAUACAUGGCAAUACUUCAUGCACAGAUACAUGCACAUCAACAAGUUCUUGUACAAGCACAUACAUUCAAAGCAUCACUCUCUUAUUGUUCCUUAUGCAUUUGGUGCUCUCUAUAACCAUCCUGCUGAAGGAUUGAUUUUAGACACAAUUGGUGGUGUUCUUUCAUUUUUAAUCUCCGGCAUGACACCGAGAACAUCCAUCUUCUUCUUCUCCUUCGCGACAAUCAAAACUGUCGACGAUCAUUGCGGUUUAUGGCUCCCUGGGAAUAUCCUUCAUGUUUUCUUCAGGAACAAUAGUGCUUAUCAUGAUGUUCAUCAUCAACUCUAUGGAAACAAAUACAAUUUCUCUCAGCCAUUUUUCACUACAUGGGAUAAGAUUCUUGGCACACACAUGCCUUAUUCUCUUGAGAACAGAAAGGAAGGAGGAUUUGAGGCGAAACCCAUAAAAAGAGAUUAAGUUUUUCAUUUCAUUUUUUUUAACAUACUGUUUUCCCAUUUGAUCAUGUUUGAAAUAGAUUCACUACUUUUGUUGUUAUUUAUAUAUAGUUGCCAAAAUCAAAUGCAAUACUUACUAUA